CCUCCGCGGGCCUGAGGGAGCCGCCCUCAAGCAGGGAGAAGAGUGGGGGGGCGGCUUAGAGAAGAUUCUGGCGGCCCGGGGGAGUGAGCCUCCUGGGGAGCAGUGGGGCUGACAGAUCCGAAGAGAGAAAGCCGCCCCGUCUGGCCCUGCCUGAAUGCCCUGAGUGGGAGCCACGAUGGCGAGUGAAGUCGAUCCCGAGAGUGAGGAGGCGGCCCCCUCGCCCCGCGGAGGCCUCGGGGAAGGCCUGGCCCAGGCCUUGGAGGCUUCCCUGCCCAGGCUCACCUGCAUAGACCUGGACAAGGACCUGGAGUUCAGAAAUGAGCUGAUCGAUGACAAGGAGUUUGAUAUUCCUCAGGUGGACACCCCGCCCACCCUCGAAAGCAUUCUCAAUGAGACCGAUGAUGAAGACGAAUCCUUCGUUCUUGAGGAUCCGACGCUGUUAAAUAUCGACACCUUUGACACGCACUCCUACGACACGUCGUCAGUGGCGAGCUCCGACAGCGGUGAUCGAACCAAUCUGAAGAGGAAGAAGAAGCUUCUUGACUCUUUUUCUCUCCAUGGCUCAGUCAUGCGGCAUUCGCUUCUGAAGGGGAUCUCUGCCCAGAUCGUCUCGGCAGCUGACAAAGUUGAUGCCGGCUUGCCUACUGCAAUAGCUGUGUCCAGUCUGAUCGCAGUGGGGACUUCUCAUGGAUUGGCCUUAAUCUUCGAUCAGAAUCAAGCCCUGCGCCUCUGCUUGGGCAGCACCAGCGUCGGGGGACAGUAUGGGGCCAUCUCUGCCCUCAGCAUCAACCACGACUGCUCCAGACUUCUCUGCGGCUUUGCCAAAGGCCAGAUGACCAUGUGGGACUUGGCCAGCGGGAAGCUCUUGAGAUCAAUAACAGAUGCUCACCCCCCAGGAACAGCGAUUCUGCACAUUAAGUUCACAGAUGACCCAACUCUGGCCAUUUGCAAUGACAGCGGCGGUUCUGUGUUUGAGCUGACGUUUAAGCGAGUGAUGGGAGUGAGGACGUGUGAAUCCCGGUGUCUGUUCAGCGGGUCCAAGGGGGAAGUUUGCUGCAUCGAGCCUCUGCACUCCAAGGCCGAGCUGAAGGAUCACCCCAUAACCCAGUUCUCCUUACUGGCCAUGGCCUCCCUAACCAAAAUAUUGGUCAUUGGACUGAAGCCAUCUCUGAAAGUGUGGAUGACGUUUCCUUAUGGACGGAUGGAUCCUUCCAGCGUCCCGCUGCUGGCCUGGCACUUCGUGGCUGCCAAUAACUAUGUGAACCCCACGCUGGCCUUUUGCCGAGGGGACGUCGUUCACUUCCUGUUGGUGAAGCGGGAUGAGUCGGGCGCCAUACACGUCACCAAGCAAAAGCACCUGCACCUCUACUAUGACCUCAUCAACUUCACCUGGAUCAAUUCCCGGACGAUCGUGCUCCUGGACAGCGUGGAGAAGCUGCAUGUGAUUGACCGGCUGACGCAGGAGGAGCUGGAGACGGUGGAAAUCUCCGAGGUGCAGCUGGUCUACAACAGCAGCCACUUCAAGUCCCUGGCCACGGGCGGCAACGUCAGCCAGGCCCUGGCUCUGGUUGGAGAGAAAGCCUGUUACCAGUCCAUCAGCAGCUAUGGCGGCCAGAUCUUUUAUUUGGGGACAAAAUCUGUUUACGUGAUGACAUUGAGGAGCUGGAGAGAGAGAGUGGACCAUCUCCUGAAACAAGAGUGUCUGCCGGAGGCCCUGGCUCUCGCGUGGUCCUUCCACGAAGGGAAGGCCAAGGCUGUAGUCGGCUUGUCCGGGGACGCCAGCAAGCGGAAGGCCGUCGUUGCCGACCGGAUGGUUGAAAUCCUCUUCCACUGUGCGGACCGAGCUUUGAAAAAAUGCCCGGACCAGGGCAAGAUCCAGGUGAUGGAGCAGCAUUUUCAGGACACGGUGCCCGUGGUCGUCGAUUACUGCCUUCGGCUGCAGCGCAGGGAUCUCCUGUUUAGCCAAAUGUACGACAAGUUCAGUGAGAAUUCGGUGGCCAAAGGUGUCUUCCUGGAGUGCCUGGAGCCGUACAUUCUGAGUGACCAGCUGGUGGGGAUCACCGCCCAGGUGAUGAAGGAUCUGCUCAUUCACUUCCAAGAUAAAAAGCUGAUGGAGAACGUGGAGGCGCUGAUCGUGCACAUGGACAUCACCAGCCUGGACAUCCAGCAGGUGGUCCUCAUGUGCUGGGAGAAUCGUCUCUACGACGCCAUGAUCUACGUCUACAACAGCGGCAUGAACGAGUUCAUCAGCCCCAUGGAGAAGCUUUUCAAGGUCAUUGCUCCUCCUCUGAGCGCAGGGAAGUCUCUGACAGAUGAGCAGGUCAUCAUGGGCAACAAGCUUCUCGUGUACAUCAGCUGCUGCUUGGCGGGCCGGGCUUAUCCCCUGGGGGACAUCCCUGAAGACCUGGUGCCCUUGGUUAAAAACCAGGUCUUUGAGUUUCUGAUCCGCCUGCACUCUGCGGAGGCCUCGUCGGAGGAGGAGAUCUACCCCUAUAUCUGCACGCUGCUUCACUUCGAUACCAGGGAGUUCCUGAACGUCCUGGCCCUGACUUUUGAAGAUUUUAAAAAUGACAAGCAGGCCCUGGAAUACCAGCAGCGGAUCGUGGACAUCUUGCUGAAGGUCAUGGUGGAAAAUUCCGAUUUUACUCCUUCCCAAGUCGGCUGCCUCUUCACCUUCCUCGCCCGACAGCUCGCCAAGCCCGACAACACGCUCUUCGUGAACAGGACGCUUUUUGACCAGGUGCUCGAGUUCCUCUGCAGCCCCGACGAUGACUCCCGACACUCGGAGAGGCAGCAGGUCCUCCUCGAGUUGCUCCAGGCCGGAGGGAUCGUGCAGUUUGAGGAGAGCCGGCUCAUCCGGAUGGCCGAGAGAGCCGAGUUCUACCAAAUUUGUGAGUUUAUGUAUGAACGAGAGCACCAGUACGACAAGAUCAUUGACUGCUACCUCCGGGACCCCCUGAGAGAGGAAGAGGUGUUCAACUACGUCCACAACAUCCUGUCCAUUCCCGGGCACAGCCCCGAGGAGAAGCAGGCCGUGUGGCAGAAGGCCAUGCAGCACAUCGAGGAGCUCGUGGCUCUGAACCCCUGCAAAGCAGCCGAGCUGGUGGCCACCCAUUUCUCUGGGCAGGUUGAGGCGGUCAUCCAGAAACUCCAGAACCCGUUUCUGCUCUUCCAGUUUCUGAGGAGCCUCCUUGACCCAAGGGAAGGGGUUUCUGUGAACCAAGAGUCUCUGCACGCAGCCCCUUGCAUCACGGAGCAGUUCAUCGAGCUGCUGUGUCAGUAUAACCCUCACCAAGUGAUUGACACUCUGCAAGUCCUUGAGUCCUACCGGCUGGAAGAGACCAUCCAGAUUACCCAGAAGUACCAGCUUCUUGAAGUAUGUGCCUACCUCUUAGAGAAGAAAGGAGACAUUCAUGGUGCUUUCUUAAUAAUGCUUGAGAGACUACAAAGCAAGCUCCAGCAGUUUACAAAGGAAAGUGAAAACUCGAGAGAGAGCCCCUCCCUUAAGGCCGUGGAGGAGAUCUUGGUGGAGACCAUCGCCCUCUGCCAGAGGAAUUCCCAGAGCCUGAACCAGCCCCAGCGAGAGGCUCUCUGGUUUCCCCUCUUGGAGGCGAUGAUGGCCCCUCAGAAGCUGUCCAGCUCCUGCGCUCCCCCUCGCCUGGCAGAACCCUUGAAGUCUCUGACCAUGCAGGUGCUGAACAGCAUGGCGGCCUUCAUCGCUCUGCCGUCCAUCUUGCAGCGAAUCCUGCAGGAUCCAGUUUAUGGAAGAGGAAAACUUGGCGAGAUCCAAGGACUGAUCCUGGGAAUGCUGGACACCUUUAACUACGAACAAACUCUCCUGGAGACCACCACCAGCCUCCUCAACCACGACCUGCACUGGUCCCUCUGUAACCUGCGGGCCUCGGUCACCAGGGGGCUGAACCCGAAGCAGGAUUACUGCUGCAUCUGCCUGCAGCAGUACCGGCGGCGCCAGGAGGUGGCCGACGACAUCGUCGUCUUCAGCUGCGGCCACCUCUACCACUCCUUGUGCCUGCUGAACAAAGAGUGUGCCGUGGGCACGGGGAGCCAGGCCCGCUGGACGUGCUACAGAUGCAAUUCAAGCAACAAGGCAGGGAAGCUCAGCGAAAAGGCAUCCGAAGUGAAGAAGGGGCAGCUCGCCCAGGCCCAGGUGAAAGUGUCUCCUUCCUGCCCGUCGCCCCGAGGAGACGCUGCUGCGAAGAAGGCCCCGUCAGAACUGGGGCUGGACCCCCAGCAGAUCCAGGCUUUCGACCAGCUCUGCCGCCUUUACCGGGGAACCUCCAGGCUGGCGCUCCUAACCGAGCUGUCCCAGAACCAGAGCGGGGAGAGUCGCCGGCUGCUGGGGGGCUCCAAGAGCAGCCCCGCCCUCAACAGCAUCUUCCAGAACGAGAACUUCCAGCUGCACCUGAGCCCUCCCCCCCUGAGCGAGGACUGAGGGCACUGGUUCUGGCGGCACCGGACACCCCGAGGCCCUCGGGCCGCCUCCCUCCUCCCGCCCCACAGGGUCCCUCCCCCCCCUGCGUCUCCCCCC